AUAGUGGUACUGGUUGGUCGGAUUUGGGUAUUUUGGGCCCCAAGACCCAAUUAUUUUGUUAAUAUUUAGAUAUUUAAGGACCCGUUACAAAUAAAAUAAUCUCUAUAUUGUAAUUAGUUGUAAAAAACAUCUCAUAUAAAUUAAAAUGAACGUAUUAAAGGGUAUUUGGAAGACCUCGCCGCUGAUUAGGAGCACCAUAGCCACAAAUUAUGCCGCUCUCCGACCUCUUUCCACUGUCACGCCCACUCCAGUACCAAAGACGAUUCAGGACAUCCCUAGCACAGUGGAGCUGGACAAGUUGUAUAAAAAAGUUGAGUUGGAAAUGAGAGGCAUAGAUCCUGCAGUGCUGCUCAGUUACUCCUGGUUUUGUGUGGCUGCCGCGUCGCAUUUAGGGAUUGAGGUGACGAAAAGCUUUGCACCCAGGAAAGCUGAAAAGGAGAGGCAUACCCUUCUCCGAUGCGUUCACAUCUACAAAAAGCACAAAGUCCAAUAUGAGAUCCGGACAUACUUUAGGUUCAUCCAUCUACAGAGGCUCACCGGCUCCACGUGUGACACAUACCUGGAGUACAUUGAAAGGAAUCUUCCAGAAGGUUGCGCUUUGAAAGUCACUAAAGUUGAAUGUCAGAAGCUACCGGAUCACAUCACCCCACCCACAGAAUAGUUAUUGUAAAUAUAGUGUAGAAAGUUUAGAAUAAAAGUUUAAGUAUGAA